AUGACGGCGCCCUGGGAAGAAAUCGUUGAGCGAAAGCGGCGGGACAUCAAUGCAGCGAUUCCCCAGCAAUGGCGGCUUCCACUACCUAUCCCCAUGGCCGAGGAUGAAAGAAACGUCACAGGAUCUUACAUCGAACAGCAUCUGUCCUCAAGAGAAGUUGAAAUCACAAAUACUGAUGCUCCCGAGCUUGUGCAGCUCUUGUCGACUGGACAAUGGACCGCCGUCGAGGUUGUGGCAGCCUUUUGCCACCGCGCGGCCUUGGCUCACCAAUUCACUAAUUGUAUGCACGAAAUCUUUUUCGAUGGUGCGAUUUCUCGUGCGAAAGAAUUAGAUGUCCUGAUGGCACAAGGGCGUGGACCUGUGGGACCCCUCCACGGCUUGCCAGUAUCUUUCAAAGACCAGUUUCACAUCCCGGGCGUUGAGACAUCAAUGGGCUACGCCGGCUGGAUAGGCACGUUCGAAGGAAUCAGAGGAACGGGUCAAGAAAAAUUGGCCGAAAGUGAACUUGUGCGUGAGGUCAGAAUGCUCGGCGGUGUGGCAUAUUUGGAGGCAGCUCUGGAGGCGAGGCAGCAUUGA